CCAAAUAUUCUGUUUUAAUUUUCUCAUCACAAUGAAGUUCUGUUUGGCAUUAAUCAGUUUGCUGCUUUGCUGUGCACAAAUCUUGGCCAUCUAUGAAUGUCCUUCAAUAUGUCCUGCGGUGUUCAGUCCUGUCUGUGGCGAGGCUAAUAUCAAAGGAAGACUGGUGCGAUGCCAGUUCUCAAACAGUUGUCGGCUGGGUGUUAGUGCCUGCAAAUAUGGAAUUAACUGGCGCGAAACCUCGAAUUGUAGUGGACUUUCACCAUAUUGUAGGGCCCUGGCGAACUAGAUUUGAUUAUACAAUUUAAUAAUGAUGUAUUACAUUUAUUUUUGAUGAACGAUUAUUAUGCUUACAUCGAGUCGUAAAAUACAAAUGCUAAGAAC